GAAAGAGAGGCUAAAUUAAAUAAUAAUAAUGAUAAACUUGACACGUUACAAAAAUAGACAUGACGGAAAUCAUCAUAUGCGUAAAUUGUGCGCAACGUUGAACUGCAAACCACACGAAGUCACUCCCAUCAGUUCAGCGCAGGAUGCACAGUGUCAAGUCAUGGACCAAAAUGACAAUGACCUUCAAGGAAAUGAUGGUUCGGGAUCCCUUGGAGGUCUUGAUGUUCGCCGACAGAUCCCAAUCAAGUUACUGUCGAAACAAAAGCUGCCCAUCCGACCUCAGCGUCACAACACCAGGCCGCCCUCAAAAAACAAAGAAGAGCUGUUCAGCUAUAACCAAGAGGAAAGAUUUGAGUGUAAAUCCGGAGAUGCUUAUGGAAAACGGCGCAGAUUCCCUCAGCCAAUCUUCUGGGAUUAUAAGCUCAACUUGAUAGGAGUUAAAGAUGACACUCCAGUUCAUUUUUGUGACAAGUGUGGUCUGCCCAUAAAGAUCUACGGGCGAAUGAUUCCCUGUAAGCAUGUCUUCUGCUAUGACUGUGCAGUGCACUACGAGAAGAAAUGUGAUAAGAUUUGCCCUGGUCUGUCCCUCUACAGUUGCUCAGACCCAGUCCAGCGCAUCGAGCAGUGUCAGCGCGGCUCCCUCUACAUGUGCAGCAUUGUGCAAGGCUGCAAACGCACCUACCUCUCACAGCGAGACCUGCAGGCCCACAUCAACCAUCGCCACAUGAGGGCCAGCAAGACCAGAUCCUCUCGCCUGGAUCCGCCACUCCCGACUCUGGCCUCCGACCCACCAGAACGCUUCCAGUUUCCGUCUCCUACUCACCUGGCUAAAACACACCCUAUCAUUCCUCCCCCUCUGCAAGGCCACGAUACAGACAACCAUCCACUUCCAGCCUCGCCUUCCGAUCUUGGACCCUCCUCACGGUCCCUCCCCUCAGAGACCUUCCGAAUCGCCACAGUGACUACACGUAAGCAUAGCAACCUCAUCACGGUGCCCAUUCAUGAUGACUCUGGGAGCUCAGGCCCCUCCCACUGUGAGCCACACCCACAGACUCCUCCGGUCCCGUCUUCACACCAUCACCCUGGCGAUUACGCCAGCCAACCAGUGGUGUCCCACCCACAUCAUAUCAUGCCUCCACAACAACCACAUUACGGGCCUCCGCUGCCCCCUCUCAACAUCCCCAUGCAGCACCCGCCGCAGGGCUCCGCUACAUCUCACAUGGUUUACAACCAAGCACCUCCCAUGUCAACGCCACCUCCACCUGGACACAUCGUCAGCCAGUUGCCACCCUACAUGAAUCACCCUCCACCUGGUCCCAUUCCCCCGGUCAGUGCGCACCACUACAACCUAAACUCAGUGCCACAGAACCAAGGCACUCUUAGCCCACCAUUCAACCAACCAAACGCCAUGAGCCCAGGGAUGUGGCCCAAUCCUCGUGGCCCUAAUCCACCCCGUAUGCAGGGGCCACCACCACAGGGACAGAUGCCAGGGCCUCACCACCCUGACCAGUCACGAUAUAGACUGUAUUACCAGUAGCCUCCUGGCUUUGUCGGCUCUAUCAGACAGUUUGACCAUAGAUGAAUAACCAUAUCUAGUCAGAAACAACACUAAGCUUCCUGGGCUGGUUAUCUUCACUGAUAACUCACUAUAUGUUGACUCCCAUUGCUGGCAUUUUUGUACUAAUGUCCCUCAAUCAGGAAGGUUCCAUGGAAUUAUGAAUAGUUGAGUGGGUGGGGGGAGGCUUUUUUUGGUUGGAAGAAUUAAACAGUUUUGUUUGAAACAUUUAUUAAUGUUUACAUACAUUAAAUGAAACUUGAAUUCCAUUUA